ACUUGAAGUUACAAAUCCUUCCAGCAUAUCAUAGUGAGAACCUCAUUUGUCUCAGCAAUUUUGGAGCUUUUGACAAGAGUAAAUCAGAAGCCACUUCUAGUUCUAACAAGCCAGAGCUUGGAAAGAGUGAAGUUGCAGCUGCUGGCAGCACAGGGAGCCUUAUGGGUUCAGCAGACUCAAGUUUCAAAGAAGUGGAAUGGAGUGUCUUAUACACUGCCCAACUAAUUCAAAAGGCAAAGAAGUUUCAUGAUGGCGUUAUAAGGCUUGUCCAAGCUGGUCCAAAUGUAAAGCAGAUUCUUUUACUGGAUGAAGAAGGUGGAGUGCUUGGCACCAGAUAUUUCAAUCCAGGUGAAUCUAUUGAAUGUGGAAAGAGAUGUCAGUUUCCUAAUCAUAUUAUCGAAGUCACUGAGCUCAGAAAUAAAAUGAAAGAUGUAGAACACACACAUGCUGCUGGGGAGGCUUCAAGUCACACAGUGCCUAAGAAUGGAGAGAAUAUGCGUGAAAAGGAUGACAAAAGUAAAUCUCCAAAGUUUGUUAGUCCAUUCAAGCUCCAUGAUCAUCGGAAGACUAAAACAAGAAGCACUACCGACUCUAACAAGCCACAGGUCGGAAAAUCAGCAUGUAGUAACGUGGGCGAUCCACUUAACUAUCAUGUAUUUACGGAUCUUCAGAGGGGUAAACCAGAUUGCACGGUUGGUUACAGAAGAACAGACCUGGGGUCAACAUCUAGCGACAUCGACAAUCAACAUAAAUUCAAUGAUUUUGCAGAUAACCAGAGGGGCACAUCAGAACUAUCUACCAGCAAAUCAACAUUUAAUGACCUGGGAAAAUCAACAUUUGGUGGAAUGGAUGAUCCACAUAAAUUUGAUGAUUUUGCAGGCACCCAGAGGGGUACAUCAGGAUUUUCUACCAGUUAUAACCGGCCAGAAGUUGGCAAAUCAACAUUUAAUGACCUGGGAAAAUCAACAUUUGGUGGCAUGGAUGAUCCGCAUAAAUUUGAUGAUAUCCAGAGGGGUAAAUCAGGAUUUCCUACCAGCUAUAACCGGCCAGAAGUUGACAAAUCAAUUCUUAAUAGAAUGGAUGAUCCACUAAAAUUUUGUGGUCUUCGGGAUGGCAAAUCAGUGUGUCCCACUAGUUUUGUCAGGAGAGAGGUUGGAAAAUCAAAAUUUGGCAACGCUGAUGAUUCUUUACGGACUGCUUCCCAAAUACUAUCUAUCAUGAAGCCCCCAGCUGGAUUGUCUCACUUUGCUACCCAGCUUCGUACAUCUGUGCAAUCUUGCUUGAAGCUGGAUACUGCACAUGCAAAGAACUCAGCAAUCACUCAUAAUAGGAAUGAAUUAUCAGGGAAUGCUUAUCCAACUUACAAUCAUCAGGCCAUCAUGAAACCACCAGCUUUUGAUGCUUCGGACUUGGAAUUGAUAGAUCUCCCAGGAUCUGAGAUGUGCAAUGCAAACGAGCAGAAACUAGAAUCAUCAGGCAAUCUUAACACUGUAAACUGUAAUGGUACAGGUUCUGCGCCAAUUCCGAAUGACACUAGCAUGCCAAACGUGCGAGAAGACAAAAGUGGAAGUGCAGAUCAGCUCGGUGCAAAUAACACAGCAGAGGACCCUAAAUAUGAUGGCCCUUCUCGUACGUGUAGAGAUCCCACGAUCCAGGAUUUGAUAGAUGACUGCCCUUCUUUUGAUCUUGGCUUCUAAUGGAAGUGGAAGGGUGCCGUGCAUGGCUUGGGCGGACUGUGUCACGAAACGAUCAGAUCUCUUGAUUGCUGGCGAGAGAUCAGGCAAAAGCAGCAGUUUUUCUCAAGAAAUUAGGCGCGUUGAGCGGGUGAAGGAAUGAUCCUACGUGUGGGUGGUCACUGUACAGUUUUUUACUCUUGUCUUGCGUCCUUGUUUAUGUUAGCGAGUGAUUGCUUUACCUUUUGAGUUAUACUACUAAUAUAUAGCAUGGCCUUUCCGUUGCUUUACCUUUUGUUUUAUAAAUAUAAAGCAUGGCCUUUUUGUUGAUAAAAUCAGAGACUGAAACAUGUUUUUGCAAAAAAAAAAACAUGUAUUUGCAGUGAAAAGUCAUGGAUGCUGUUUAUAGAAUCGAAAUCUCAUGGAGACUUUUUUAUAUUGUUGGC